AUGGAACAUUUAUUUAAAAGUAAUAUUUCUGUGGAUGAUAAAGAUAUGACUGAUGAACAUGUUCAAAAGCAACAAAGUGUUGCUAGUGCUGAUAGAAAGGGAGAUCAAAAACAGGGUAAAAAACCUGAUGUUAUGUUUAUGGAAUGUAGUGAAAAAAAAUUCUACAAACUUAUAUUGGUGGAAUCUUCAUGCAUAGUCUGCACCAAAAUCAAAGAAGAGAAUGACAGUGUAAAACUGUGGAGAGAAAUGAACAAUGAAUUUCACAUGGAAAAGUUUCAGUCUGAAGAUGAGGUAGUAUACAAAAUUUGUGAAAAGAAUAUGAACAGAUUUAUUGAAAAAGAAACCUGUAUGGGCAUUUUCGCUGAGGAUAAACAAUUAGAAAAUGUUUUUAUCCAAUGGGUGUCUCAGUGUGAUGAUCGUCGCAGAGUGUAUACUGAUGCAUUCAUAUUCACGUAUGAUAUUGCUAUGAAGAAAAAAAAAAUGGAUCAAGUUAAUCAAUUGGCAAAAAAAUGGUCUUUUUUGCUCUUGAGCUCAGAUAUUUGCUGAGGAUACACAAUUAGAAAAUGUUCUUAUCUAAUGGGUGUCUCAGUGUGAUGAUCAUCGCAGAGUGUGUACUGAUGCAUUCAUAUUCAUGUACAAUAUUGCUAUGAAGAAAAAAAAAAUGGAUCAAGUUAAUCAAUUGGCAAAAAAAUGGUCUUUUUUGCUCUUGAGCUCAGAUAAUGUGGAACAAGAGUUAA